AUGAAUACCGGCAUGAACAUGGGCGGCAUGGGUCGCGGUGGCUUCAACAACCCGCAGAUGAACAUGAUGGGCGGGUUCAAUGGAGGAGCCAUGGGAGGCAACUUCAACAACAACAUGAUGGGCGGCUUCAACAAUGCCAUGGGAGGCUUCAAUAACCGAGGCGGUAUGAUGGGCGGCAACAUGCGUGGAGGUUUCCAGAACAACCGCGGCCGGGGCGGUAUGAUUAUGCCCAACAUGACCAUGGGCAUGGGGAUGGGCAUGAAUAACAUGGGCAACAUGAACAACAUGGGAGGUAUGGGUGCCAUGGGUAUGGGCAACAUGAACAUGGGUAAGUGCGAAGUUGCUCAGAAAAUCAGCUCAUGCUCACAUAUACCAGGAGGCUUCGGCAACAACACGCAAGGAGGACAUUUCAACCCAGGCUUCUUCGGAAAUGGAGGUGCAGCAAAUGGUAACUCAUCGGGUGGCAGCAUGUCGCCUAGUGGCAAUCCUCAUGGUGCUAAGAGACCUCGACCGGAGUAG